UCUUCCUCUUCCUCCCCCUCCUCCUCCUCUUCCUCCUCGCACCUUUUUAACGGCCACGCGCAUCUCGGAAGUGCGUGCGUGCGUGUGCUCGUGUCAGUUUUUUGUUUCUUUGGCCAUGUCUUUUGGAAGCGGCGGCGCGCGCUGCGGCUUCUCAGUUCGGGACCUUCUGGACCUGCCGGCCGGGGACUCUGCCGUGGGGACGGCGUACUGCGGGUCCGGUGCCGAAGACCCGGAGGAGGAGGAGGAAGAGGAAGAGGAGGAGGAGGCCGACGCCGAGGAGAACACCGAGGAGGCUCCACAGCUGGGCCGCAUCAAAAUGUCAACGCUUCACGCGGAUCCGGGCGGGUCCAGCGCCUCCGAACGCCGGGCGCGCAAGCGGCGCGUCCUCUUCUCCAAAGCGCAGACGUCCGAACUGGAGCGGCGCUUCCGCCAGCAGCGGUACCUGUCCGCGGCCGAGAGGGAACACCUGGCCGGCCGCAUCCAGCUCACGCCCAACCAGGUGAAGAUCUGGUUCCAGAACCACCGUUACAAGACCAAGCGCAGCCUGCAGGAGGCGCUGCGGCUGCUGCGGCCGCCGCGCGGCUUCCCAGCCAUCCCGGCGGUUCUGCUGCGGGACGGCAAGCCGACGGGCCAGCGGGUCGGGGGGAACCCGCGGGAGCUGCGGCUGGCCUUUCCGGUUCCGGUGUGCGGUUACGCGCGUCUUGUCGACCCCCAACAGACCCUCGGACGGCUCACCUGCAGCUGGAACAGCAACUGGUCUUGAUCCACAAGCGCGUGCACGUUCAAACACUUUAAUGUCAUUUUUUGAAAAAACGUUUUUUUGGCGUUGACAGAUUGUGGUGAUUUUUUUUUUUUUUUUGUGAUUUAAAAAAAAUGCCUGCUUUAGUAAAGUGUGUCAGUCAAUCAAUGCAGUUUUGUACUUAAAAAAUGUGUAUAUAUAAUUUUUGUAACCUUUUAUUUUUUUACUUCCAUUCAUGAUACUGUUUAUUUGAUGUGCAUGAUGUAAAAAUGUUCCCCAAAUUAGUUUUAUUGUCUAAAUUUGUGUUGUGUAAAAGGCAUGCUUUUCAGUCAUUGUGUGUGUGU